GCGGAAGGCAGUCAGCCGCUGCGCUCGCCGCGCGCGGGCUAAGCGGCUCCGAAGAAGCUGCAGCGGUGUGAAUGAUCUACAGUGACCACUCAAAGUCGUGAGAUAGAAGUGGUUCGUUUUAGGCGUGCGCUGAAGUAAAAAAAGCGAGACCAGACUGGAGCCAUACCGGAAGCCCUGCGCGCGGAGCGGCAUAAAAACGCCAGCGGACCGGAUGGAACCCCCAGCCGAGCGUGAUGAAGCCUCCAGCAAGCCGAGCCCCCCAGUAAAAGCCAAGUCCACGCCCACCGCCGGACCGCCGCUCGACGCGGCGCCGCUCGACUACUUCGAGGCCAUCCUCAAGGACUCGCCCCACGGGACCAGCAAUGCUACUACUAGAUUUCAGGCGACCCACUUCUGGUGGACGGACCCGACGCCGCGACAAUUGGCAGACUACGACACGGAGCUGGCGGCCGCGGCUCGGUCGGACGACGUUUCCGCCCUCGAAAAAGCUGUGAGUAGUGGACGGUGCCUCGACGCGCGCAAUAAAUAUGGAGAGUCGUUAGUGCAUGCGGCGUGUUAUGGGAGCGCACCGCGGGCGCUGGCGUAUGUGCUGAGACAUGGCGGCUCGCUCAAGGGCUGCGACGCGACGGGGCGGACGCCGUUACAUUAUGCUUGUUCUGCUAGAACGCCCUGUUUUGAAAUAGCUCUCCAAAUCCUAGCGAGGGAGCCGCGCCAGGCGCACGCCUUCGACGCGCGCGGGAAGCGAGCUCUGAGCAGCGUGCCCGACCAGAAUCGAAGGGCCUGGUGCGAGUUCAUCUACGCGAAUCGGCGGGCCCUGCGCGGUUUAGCCUCACCAGAGCCGCGGCUCGUGCCGCCGCGCGUCGCGAGCCCGCCGCCGCUGUCGACGGUCGCGCCGCCGCCCGCGCCGGCCCUCCCCAAAAAGACGCCGAUGACGAGCGGCGAGGCCAUCAUGCGCCUCAUGCCCUCCUCGCACGGGGACAAGUCGCCGGGCCUCGCGGACGUGUCUCCUCUGAUAGCCUCUAUGCCCCGCGUCGACAGCCGCGCGACGGUCGGCGAACCUGACCAAAAGCCGCAGAAGGCCCUACAAAUCGACAGCGGCGCCGCGGCGCGCGCCAUUGAUAGCAUCGGCAAGCACGCCAAAGGUAGGGCCGCGUCGCCGCCGCCGCUCCGGACGUCGCCGGCGACGCGGCUGCGCGAGACGUCCGGCGCUCAGUCCAAAAAGCACGACCGCGACGCCGCCUCCGACGAGGACGACCACAACCGCGAAUGCAAAAGAGCGGAGCCGGACUCGAGCGGCGAGUCGGCCGUGCGUUUAGGAUUGCCCGACCCGUCGCCGCCCUUCGACGCGUCACCGGCCGUGCGGACGCUCGACCACACGCCGUCGCUGGCGUCGCGCGUGCGGUCCUGACCCGAAAUUCGGAAAGCUGUUGCGUCGCGCGACGCGUGUUCCCGCCCCUGCCUAUUGUAUAUUUUAUCUA